GUUCCUUCUUUUUGUUUCUCCUUCUCUUCCUCUCUUCCUAUCGACCCUUCUUUACUUUCUCUUCCUUGCCUUGCAUAUGAUACAGUAACUAUUCUCUGGCCCCUAGCUCAUUCUCUUCGGCCCUUCGCAGCGGCUCCGCAUCCAUCCUCCGCCUCUUCUGCCUCACUUCUCUUUCAUCCAAGCUCACCUCCCCCUUCGUCAUGGCAGUAGACGAAAUCGAUGUCGUGGCCUUGUCCUUCGGUCUCUUCGUCUGCCUUUACGGCAUCUUCUCCUUCUACGUAAAGGAGCGUCUCUAUCUGGGCGAAGCGCCACUAGCAGUCCUCUUGGGCAUCAUCCUUGGCCCCUACGGUUUCGGACGGAUCACGCACUGGUCUGGCGAGGGAGGAGAUGAAGAAAACGCCGACAAGAUUGCGCUGGGCUUCAGUAGAAUUGUCAUCGGUAUCCAGCUAGUAUUGGUCGGCAUUCAGCUGCCCAAAUACUACCCUAUUCAUGAAGCACGCAGUUUGGCCAUGCUAAUUCUCCCCGUCAUGAUCUGCUCCUGGUUGAUCGUCGCCGGUUUGAUCAUGUUUGUAAUACCCAAUGUGCCCUUCCUGGUGGCUCUCGUCAUUGCUGCCUCCAGCACACCUACGGACCCCGUCUUGGCCAACUCGAUCUGCAAAGGCGCCUUCGCAGACCAGUACGUGCCUGCUCGCGUGCGCAACAUCAUUUCCGCCGAGUCUGGCAUAAAUGACGGUCUGGCCUACCCCUUCCUUUUCCUUGCCAUCCGACUGAUCAAGUCGCCCACUACGACUGAAGCUCUCACUACUUGGAUCUUUCAAGAUGUCCUCUAUACAGUCGGUGGAGCAAUCGUUGCUGGUAUCGUCGUUGGUGUCGCAGCCAACCGAGCGCUGCGCUUCGCAUGCCGCAACUCACUCAUCGACAAGGAGUCUUUCCUUCUCUAUGGACCGCUCCUUGGAGUCACAAUGAUUGGCAUCGCAGGAGCAGCGGGAUUGGAUGAUCUCCUCGCUGCCUUUGUCGCCGGAAACGCCUUCACAUACGAUGACUGGUACCGCAAAGAGACGGAAGAGGACGAGGUUCAGAAUGUCCUCGACUUCCUCCUCAACUCGGCUUUCUUCGCCUUUGCCGGAGCAGCUGUUCCGUUCAUCACUUUCAACAUGCCCGAGAUCGGCACAAGUCCCCUACGACUUUUGCUUCUGGCGUUACUUGUGCUGCUCUUCAGGCGACUUCCUCCCGUGCUGCUUCUAUACAAGGGCAUCCCGGCCUUCAAGGACAUUGGAGAAUCUGCCUUUGCAGGUUACUUUGGACCCAUUGGAGCAGGUGCUAUCUACUACGCCAGCGAGAUCCUUCAGGAGUUCCCCAAGGACGAGAUCGACACGUACGGCCCUUAUGCGCAGAGGAUUCGCGACCUGGUGCGACCAAUCGCUUAUUCGCUGAUCCUGGCCAGCUUGAUCGGACACACAAUGGCUAUCCCCUUCGUUAAGCUCGUCUUCACGUGGAAGGGCACUGGGAGCAUCAAGCUUCUCGAGACGCAGCGUAGAGAUGAACACGCCUCGCAGGAGGAGCGGGCAGAAGAGAGCUAUGAAGAGGGCCAGGGAGAUGCCCCAGAAGAGGCUGAAAAUAGUCAACAAGAGGGAGGGCAUAGCCAUGGUGUGCCACACCCACCCGAUCUGGAGUCGGGUCACCCUCCUUCUUCUGUACACGCUACCACCCGCAUGAGACGUGGCGGGACAGCUCGAGGCCUCAGCAACGACGGAGGCGCAUCGGUAGCCUCUGGGUCUUCUCGAAAGAAGGAAGUCGCCGAUGCUUAUCAGAGAGGUCUGGAUGCCAGCUGGAAACAGUCGAGUGGGCAUAAGCUGGGCACGCAUCUUGGGUACGAGCACACAGACAGCGAGGGCGAGCGGGAACAUCGCCAUCGCGGACAGGAUCCGGAGACGUAGAGGUAAAGUUGAUAUCGAGUAGUGCAAGCCUCUGAGGCCAAUGGGAGCGGCGGCCACAACUGAGCAGUAUGGAAGGCGUAGAGCGAAGUCGGGUCGAAGCAAUAUUACACAGGUAAGGGACGAUGGUAGCGAGGAAUCAGACGCAAGUCACAUUACACGUCCGCAUCCCCGCAGCUAUAUCUUCCAUCCUCUGUCCUAUGCAUCAGUCAAUCAUGAACGUAAAUACAACAUGCAAUGCAAUUUCAAAUUAACCGAUCAGAC